CCAGCCGCGGGAACGGCUGCCUCAUGAGGCCGGCAGACCCGCUCCGCCCGUUCUAGUUGCCGGGGAACGCUGCGUCCCCUGGGUAUCCCCACCCUCCGGGCUCCUGGUUCCCGGUGCUGGCCAUUGGGGAGCACGGUGUCACGUGACCGGGCGGGGCGGGGAGGUCAGAGUCCCGGUGUCGGGCGAGAUGGCGGCGGAGCAGGACCCCGAAGGGCGAGCAGCUGAGCGGCCACUGCUCACCGACCUCUACCAGGCGACCAUGGCGCUGGGCUACUGGCGCGCGGGCCGGGCGCGCGAGCCCGCCGAGUUCGAGCUCUUCUUCCGCCGCUGCCCGUUCGGCGGCGCCUUCGCCCUGGCCGCGGGGCUGCGCGACUGCUUGCGCUUCCUGCACGCCUUCCGCCUGCAAGAUGCAGACGUGCAGUUCCUGGCCUCGGUGCUGCCACCAGACACUGACCCCGCGUUCUUCGAGCAUCUCCGGAGUCUCGACUGCUCCGGGGUGACGGUGCGGGCCCUGCCCGAGGGCUCCCUCGCUUUACCCAGCGUGCCAUUGCUGCAAGUGUCUGGGCCGCUCCUGGUGGUGCAGCUGCUGGAGACGCCGCUCCUCUGCCUGGUCAGCUAUGCCAGCCUGAUAGCCACCAAUGCGGCGCGGCUUCGCCUGAUAGCCGGGCCAGAGAAGCGGCUGCUGGAGAUGGGGCUGCGGCGAGCUCAGGGCCCCAACGGGGGUCUGACAGCCUCUACCUACAGCUAUCUAGGCGGCUUUGACGCCAGCAGCAACGUGCUGGCAGGACAGCUGCGUGGUGUCCCAGUGGCAGGAACCCUGGCGCAUUCCUUCGUCACUUCCUUUUCAGGCACUGAGGUGCCUCCUGACCCGAUGUUGGCUCCAGCUGCUGGUGGGGGCCCCAGGGUGGACCUGGUCGCCUGUGUGGAGGCGUGGCUGGAGCGUGUGUGUGCCCACCUGGGGCUGGGGGUGCAAGAGCCUCACCCUGGUGAGCGGGCAGCCUUUGUGGCCUAUGCCUUGGCCUUUCCCCAGGCCUUCCAGGGUCUGCUGGACACCUACAGUGUGCGGAGGAGUGGUCUUCCCAACUUCCUUGCAGUAGCCCUGGCCCUGGGUGAGCUGGGCUACCGGGCCGUAGGUGUGAGGCUGGACAGCGGUGACCUGCUCCAGCAGGCCCAGGAGAUCCGUGCGCACCUCAGGACCUCUGCAGCUCAGUUCCAGGUGCCCUGGCUGGAAUCGGUCCCCAUCGCUGUCAGCAACAACAUUGACGAGGGAGAGCUGGCCCGACUGGCCCAGGAGGGCAGCGAGGUGAACGUCAUUGGCAUUGGCACCAGCGUGGUCACCUGCCCUCGCCAGCCUUCCCUGGGUUGCGUCUACAAGCUGGUGUCUGUGGGAGGCCAGCCACGCAUGAAGCUGACCGAGGACCCUGACAAGCAGACAUUGCCUGGGAGCAAGGCCGCCUUCCGGCUCCUGGGCUCUGACGGGUCCCUGCUGUUGGACCUGCUGCAGUUGGCAGAGGAGCCCCCACCCCAGGCUGGCCAGGAACUGAGAGUCUGGCCGCGAGGGGCCCAGGCGUCCCGUACCGUGAGACCAGCCCACGUGGAGCCGCUGCUGCGACUCUGGGUCCAGGAGGGACAGCUGUGUGAGCCCCUCCCAUCUCUGGCUGAAUCUAGAGCCUUUGCCCAGCUGUCGCUGAGCCUUCUCAGCCCCGCACACAGGAGGCUGGAGCAGCCUGAGCUGUACCAGGUGGCGCUGUCUGAGAAGUUGCAGGCCCUGGUGGCCAGACUGAGUGCCGGAGGCCCCCAGUGAGAGCCCCAUGGUGGGGCUGCCUGAAAUUAACACGAGUCACUCACUGUCCCCCA